UCUUUGCUGACGUCAUCAGGGGGCGCGGUCGCCGUUGCUCGCAGCGGGAUGAGGGAGGCGGCGGCGGUGGUGCGGCUGCAGGCUGUUGUCAGGGGUUACCUGAUCAGGAAAAGGCUUCAAAGCAUAAGGAGUAAGUAUGAGAGCAUCAUCAAGGAAAUUGAAGGAGACUUGGAUUGGGUCCAGUGGACUGGCCAUUUCUUCCCAAGACCAGCGUUUCUCUCAAAGUCUGCCAAGAAAUCAAUAAAGCAAUUCAACAGAGAAGAGGUUAAAAUUGACAAGCCACAAAAACAGGAUGCACAAUAUUUUCAAGAGGUAUCACAGUCUAGACAAAUGUGUGACUUUGAGAUGCAGUUUCCAAGCCGACUACUGGCUGAGGUGACAGCCGAACCCAAGAUCGGUGAGGUAGGACAGCAAGCUGUGGAUGCUCACUCUGGGAAUGCCUGCAGCCUGCCAGGAGAAAACGAGGAAGGUGGGGAACCCAGCAACACCUCAUCUGAUUGGAGCAGCACAGUUCUGGGGAUGGAAUCUCCCAGGAUGAGCCAGGAGUCUCAUUUCCCCAGAGCACCGGAAAUGCCCAGAGGGAUGCCUGGCCUGCAGAACUACCGCAAGCACCUGGCUAUGGAGCUACUCUGGCUGCAACAGGCAAUUGCCAGCCGUAAGAAUUAUUUGAUCCUAAGACAGAGAUUGGGGAAACCAGCUUGAGAGCUCACAUAUGAUCUUUUCACAUUGAACUGGAGGCUGACACUUUGACCCGCUACCGCCAGAAAGGAAGCAAGGGGCUGCAGGCAAGAUGUCCACUGUGUUUCCUUAGAGAGGCCACAUCCUGAAGUCACCAUUGAGACUUGCAAAAGGAACUGUAAAAACUGGAGGCUGCAAAAGCUUUUCAAGGCUGGCAGAUUUUUGGGAAUUGCAAUUGGUGGAGCAACAUCAGUUUUAUCAGCAUUUGCAAAGCUACGGUAGCUAGUGAUCAGUGGGCCAUGGAAGCUGUUGCCUGUGUGGGCCUUUUUCCCCCGUCAGUUAUAUUAGAGCAGCUUUGACCAGAAAGUUUUCAAUUCCUGGAGAUUAUUCCAGGGUCCCAUAUUUUAGCUGGAACCAAUUUCCUUCACAUUUGCUUUUUGUGGCUACUGGUUGUUUGAUUAUUCUUAAAGUUUUUACUGCAUGGUUGUUUUUGCUAUUUUGCUGGCUUGUUUUUGUUUUAAAUUUGGAUGCGCUCUAUUAAUAAAUUAUUAUGAAAUUAAAUAAAACAUUUUUCCCCCAUGCUCCAUUUUUGGCCCAUGACUAUAAAAUUAGGCAAUAUUCCACAUUUUUCAAUUGUGCUAGGCAGUAUGAACCUGCCAGAGACAUUACGGGUAUUUCUCAAUUUACAAUCACAAUUGGGAUCAAUUCCGUUGCUAAGCAAGGUGGUUGUUAAAUAAGUCAUGCCUGAUUUUAAGACCUUUUUGACAUGGUUGUUAAGUAAAUUACUGCAGUUAUUAAGUGAAUCACAUGGUUGUUGAGGAAAUCCAGCUUCGCUGUUGACUUAGCUUGUUGGAAAGGUGCAGUUUUAUUGUGUGGAAUUCUGGGAGUUGGAGUCCAGAUGUCUUUUUUUUUUUUUACCCACGUCCCUAAGGUCAGCAAG